AUGUCGACAGGAGAAGAUUCGGAGGAAUCUCUAACAUCAUUGACUGAUGAUGAACAAUCUACAAUAAUCAAUGCCAAUGAAAAUUACGACGAUGACGAUGACGAUGAACGUCGUCAAUACUCCCAAGAGAAGAGAAAUGAACAAGACUUUAUACCAUUUUCAGCCCGCGGUGCACCGCCUGAUGAAUUGCAAGCCACGCAUGUCAAUCAUUAUCAUGAUUUAGAUCGUCUUACUGCGGUACCAAAAGAUGUUUCGAUUACACGUGCAUCACAAGCAUGGUUAUCUCAAUACGGUCUAGCCGCAAAUGGUUUGACAUUAAAAGAUCUCUUGACUAAAGGUAAAGUGUCUUUGCCUACGACCGAUAAAUCAGGUCGAGCAAUUCAACACAUCAGUUUUGAUUCGUUAACCAUUAAUGAUUUCGAAUGUCGUUUACAUACGACAAUUGAAACUGUAUCGAAUCGCAUCCGAUGGUUAUUGCAAGAUAGUCGGAAAGUCUUUGGCGUUGUUCAAGGUGCACGCGUUCUCGUUAUCCUAGAUUUUAGCUAUAGUCAAGCCAGUUUCGGACGCGGAGAGGAAUAUCAUAAACAUUUAUUAAGCUUAAUUGAUGAACAAUUAGUUCAUAAAGAACAAAUAGGUUUUAUCGCAUAUGGAACUGAAGUUGAUGCUCUAUGGAAAGGUGUUCGUGACGUCAACUCUCGUUCAUUGGACGAGACACGCGCUUGGCUAGCAACCUUGAAAUCAGCAUUUGGCUGUACCGAUGAAAAUUGCACUCAUAUGGACGGCGCAAGUCAAUGUGUAUUCAAAACAAGUGGUGGUAGUAAUUUAUUAAAAGCCCUACGUCGUGCAUCGUUGAUGUCUGAUUACGAUACACUUCUAUUAGUUGUUGGUAGUCUACCUGAUCAAAAUAUCGACAUUAUUGCUGAUUAUACAUCACAAUUGUUCUGUGGCGAAGACAUUCCACGCAUCCAUGCCGUAUCUUAUGACUGUAGCCAUCAUCUCGUCAAUGCAUUAUUGAAAACAAUGACUACAUCUGCAAGCACGUUUGCUUCGAUACGUUCACGACAAGCAUCAACAUCAACAGCACUGGUUGAACACAAUCCGUUGAGCGCUUUACAAAACUUGACCACUGAUAUACCUGAAACAAUUAAACAUACGUAUCAUUGUUACUCGCGUGAACAGCCUCAUCAGAUCUACAAUAGUACAGAUAUUCGUCUUCUUGUACGAGAAAUUCAGCGUUCUUAUGAUCUUUUGUCGCGCAUAAACGAAAUGCGACACGGCGCACUUGGUUCGGCUAUAAUUUCGAUUGAAAACGAAUUGACUCUCGAUAUGGCACAUUAUCCUCAAUCGAAGUUUCUACCACGUCCACCCAAUCAUGAACAACCAUUACGUUUUUCUCAACAUUUUAUUGAACAAUCACCGAUAAUCUAUGCUCGACAACCACGUUCUCUAUCAGCAGCAACAACCAACGAACGGAUGUCAUCGAUUCGGUCACAAGAUAAGUCGUCCAGCGUUCGUUUCAAUGAUAGUGUCAGCGUUGCCGGCCGAUCAGCAACACCAUCACACAAAUCCGCUAAUUCUUCUAGCAAAACUCGCGACUCAAGUGGAAGCAGACAGCAAACAGAUCCACCUCCAACUUUAUCAAGCAAUAAUCCAGCUGUCUAUCGUACGUCAGCUGAUUGGCUUUGUCAACAUGGUUUAUAUGCGAAAAAGCUAACAAUCUUUCAAGUUCUUGGACAUAACGCUUAUGCAGCACGUGAAGACUACAUUCCAAUACUUCGUAAAACUGUUACCUCUCAAAUAUAUGACCGUUCCAUGAUUCAAGUUGAUUGGCACGAUGGUACUACAAAGAAUGUUCAUGUCGAUCUCGCCGCUCUGUACGAUUAUCAGAAGCGAUUGAAAAAAGUGGUCGAAUUGUACGAACAGCGCAUGGAAUGGUUAUGUUCAUCAUCACGUAAAAUCUUUGGUAAUCUUGUUGAAAAUAAUAUCAUCAUAUUGGUGGACUGUUGCCAAGCAAAUCGUGAUUAUAUUAUACAUAUUCAACAUUCAUUGAGAUUGUUACUUGAACAGCAAUUGUUUGGCAGACGAUUUUUUAAUAUCAUUGCAUUUGGAACACCUCAUAAAGAUGGAUUACUAAGAUUCAAACCAACAAUGGUACAACCAAAUAUUGAAAACUUGCAACUUGCUUGGCAAUGGGUGUUACGAUUAAAUUGUGGUGGCACACGUAAUCUUCUCAAUGCAUUGCGUGCUAUUUACGAAAAUGAAGAAGAACGUAAACAUCAUAUUCAUCCAGAAGGCAUCUAUCUGUUAACAAGUGGCGUACCAGAUCAAACACUGGAUGUAUGCUGUGCAUAUGUCGAAGAAUGUAAUGUUGGUAGAUCGAUACAUUUGCAUACGAUCUUGUUCAAUAUUGACGAUUAUUACAUGUCCGAACAUGGUAUUCAGAGUAGUCUAUCAAUGACAGGAAGUGGUCGAUGGGCUAAUGCCACGAAAACAGCGGAAUUCAUGCGUGCAUUGGCAAAACACUCCGGUGGACGAUUUUUGUGGUUUCGCGAAACUGGAACUAUCGAAAGUGAUGACAUUAAAUUACUUCAAAAUGAAAUCGAGAAAGCUUGCCAGUUUUCCGAACAAGCAGCCAAUCUUGUCGAAACGGUUAAAUCCAAACGACGUGUCCGCGAAAGUGACAAUGCAAAUUCAAAGGCUUUGCCUAUUGAAAAUACAGACAAGGAAAAGCGUUCGGGACCGUUAGUUGUUCGACCAACAUUACUGAGUGCUGCCCGACAACAUCUCAAUGAUUCAAGUAAUAAUGGAGACGAACAACAUUGGAGACCAACGAGUACGAACUCAAAUAGAAAUCUAAUACCUGAAUGGCCUGAAGACAGACCUCUACGACAAGAUUCUGCACGUGCACGACGCCGAAAACAAAAAGCAGCGGCAGCAGCAGGAGAUUUAAAGCAAGAAUCGUUCUAUAUAGAUGGUCAACAUAACACAAAACUUUCGGUACUCAAAACUGAUUCAACAAGUGCAUCAACAGGAAAGAAAUCCGUACGAAAAUAUUCGCCAGGCCAUGUCCUACUUAUUCCAACAAAUGAAGAUAAUGAACCAUCACACGCUUGGUUAAGAAAACAUUCACUUGUUCGAUUGAAACUUGACCUACACAAAAUGGUUUCGGGACCAGAAUGUCGCCAUGACACAAUUACUGUUCCAAAUUUAAAAUCGACAUCAUCUGCUCGUUACUGUUCUGUAUUUCCAUCGAUUAAUAUCAACGGUAGUAUUCGCCAUUUACAAUUACGUCCACGAGAAUUAGAUGAUUAUCGUCGACGGUGCGAAGGUGUUCUUCGUCGUUAUUACAAACGCAUGCAAUGGUUAUUGAACGGCAGUCGUUUAACUUUCUCAACAAUCACUCAUAAGAACAUUCUUAUUCUUGUUGAUACAAGUGGUUCAAUGGAACCGUAUUUAGACUUCUUAAAGAAAGAAUUGGCUACGCUUGUCUGGGAACAAUUGUUUCCGAAUCAAAUUCAAUUUAAUUUUAUUCAAUUUAAUGACACCUAUCAAGCAUGGCGUGAAAAUCUGAUUUUUCCAACAGAAGAUAAUUGUCACGAAGCAUUGGCUUGGAUAAGUACAUUGAAAGCACAUGGAAACACUUGCAGCGAGCGCGUUUUACGAUACGCAUUUGAUUUUCAUCAAACUAAACAGCCAAUCGAUGCGAUUUAUUACGUUAGUGAUGGCAAACCUGAUCAUAGUACAACAUACCUCUUGGAACAAGUUCGUUUGAUGAACACGAUCGACAUGAAUACAACUGAAAACAAACGUAUUUCGAUCAAUACAAUCUCGUUCUGUUGCCAAGAUCUAGACGCAAACUAUUUUCUCAAAAGUCUCGCACAUGACAAUAACGGGCGUUACCAUCGUUCAACAAAUAACUCUCGCGAAUUACAUUUAUUCAUGCAUCGUUUACAAGAAGAUAAAACGUAUGAUUUAGAACUUGAUGAUAGUUUAUUGCCUGAACUUGAAAGCGAUGAUCUGAAAUAUCUGCUACGAGAAAUUGUCAAAGCCCGACUUUACUUGAAACAGGCAAUUACAUUCCGUUCACUGUAUAAUCAACAGCAGGAUGCCGCAACCCAUCGCACAGGUCAACCGCCAACGCAACAAAACGGACAAACUCAAGAUGAUAGUGUUUUGGUUGGACCGGCUCGUGUACCGAUGUCAGAAGCAUGGUUCAAUAAACGAUCGUCGAGCGUAUUUGCAUAA